UCAAAGUUCACACUCCGAUCAUUAAGCAAACUGUGUAUUUACCUUUCACUGUCAACUCAACUUUCGUUAUGAUCAAUUCACUCGAUUUUCAUGUGACAUAACUUACUCGGACUGCUCUAAAUGGAAAUUCUAGCUAAUGGAGGGACAGCGCAGUCGGUGCUGUUUUGUUUGAUGGGCGUGUUGUCGAUUGUGGGAUGUCUGCUCUAUCUCUACUGCUACUUCGUACUCCACCCAACCCCCAACAGAAGUCUCGCCCGCAACAUGAUUGCUCUCAUCGCCGCCACCGAAGCCAUCUCCAUAUUCGGAAACGUAGUGGGUAUAAUCUACAUGAAUGUGGGUUCUCCCUAUAAGUAUUCGGAUUACGCCUUUCCAGAAGAGUACCCCGAGACAUGCAGAGCGAAUGAGACACCGCCACCUAGCGACCAGUUCUGCCAAAUUCAGGCAUUCGUCACCAACUUCUUCUCAAUCUCCAGUUUCAUUUACAACUCUGGCCUGGCCAUUAUGAUGUUGCACAUAACAGUCACGAACAAGGCCGACCGCAGAGUGUUCUGGGCUGUCAACACGGCCGCUUGGCUCAUUCCAGCAGUUGUCACAGUGAGUGUGGCCUGCAAGGGUUUGUAUGGCUUCUCCAUCUGCACUACAGGGGGCUGGUGUUGGCUCAAACAGAUAGACGACUUUAAUCACACCAAGAGGGCAGAGGAGGCAAUCUGGCAGUCAUUUGCAGGAAAAUUCUGGGAAAUUUCCACUGAAAUCAUUCUGAUUGCGUCAUACAUUGGCGUGAAGUUGGCGCUGAUGUACAAGCAGAGACAGUUGCGUAGGCGUGGCUUCAGCCAGGAAGUCGUUCACACUCUUCAAGCGGUGGAGUCUCUCUACCUCAGACUGCUCCUGAUCCCUGUCUCAUUCUUCUUCUGCUACAUAUUUGGAACCAUCCGAAGUUAUGUGCUACUAUACAAUCCCAACAUUGACUGGCCUACAACAGUCCUCAACUGUCUUGCUUUCCUUCAUGGAAUAGGGAACAAUGCUCCUGGAUUUUGCAACUUUGUGAUUUUCGUGCUGCUUCAAAAAAGGGUGCGAGAUGAACUCAUGCGUGACCUGGCUAUGAAACUGAGGUCAUUUUUUCGUUUCUGUUCUUUCGCAGUAACCUACAAGGUCAAUGACCCCCCGGGGGAGAAUCUGAUGCCAAAAGUGGCGCGUGAUAUGAAGUCAAGCAACAGACAUGACUUGCAGCCAUCUUCCUCCAGCGCCAAAUUGUUGGACAGUCGACACACACGAGAAGUCGAGUUUUUCGACUCUGAUGAAGAUGACAAUCACUAUCAUCACCGACUGCAACACGACAAUUACGCCACAGAGGACCAAUCCGAGCCGAGCGUGUACGAGUCCAUUAAUAUACACUUAAGACGACCUUAGCCAAUUGAACAGAAUAUUUGCCAGAUCAAAAAAAAAUUAGUUGCUCAUUUAUGAUUAAUAUCUUAUCCAAUUAAAUUUUCUCAAAAAGAGAGCUGUGAUUUUUAAGCUAAUAAGCGAAGUAAAGUUGUAAUUGAAAUAUGUCCUGCUAAGAGCGAUCGAAUAUUUGUUUUAAUUUGUUUUAACAUAAUUUUAA